AUGAUGUCAAUCCCUGUUAAAGAGGCCUUCACCAAUAUUGGCCAUGCACCUCCUCCACCAGGUCGUGGUCCAAGUCCUAUCAGUGUUCACGUCAAUGUUAGCGUCCCAAGAUCUAUUCACACCAAAAAUUCUAGUGGGUCCUCUACAGGUUCAGUUUUUGGUUCAUCAUCUCCUGGUCCUCGAAUUCACACUACCGUACACCGUAAGAGUGGAUGGGUGCAGGUGAAAGAUGAGGGUAUAAUGUCAUUCCGCUGGCCAAAAAAGUAUAUGGUUCUCAGUGAGACAAGUCUCGAGUUUUACAAAAACGAUGACAAAGCCGAGCUUUGGGACAGGAUCCCUUUACUCCACAUAUCCGGUUGCUUCAAGAACCAGCUUAGAGCUCAUUGCAUAGAGAUCGUUCACAAAGAAAAGUCAACAUUCGUUGCUGUCAAGAGUGAGCAGGAAGUGAAUAUGUGGAUUGAUUCUAUUCUUACCAAAUGUCCCAAGGAGGGAUUUUCAAAGCCCAUAAAGGUGACCCAUGAGGCACAGGUGUCUUAUGAUCCCACUGAUGGCUCUUUCAAAGUAAAAGGAAUUCCUCCCGAAUGGGUCGCCUUGCUCAAGGGCUCCAAUAUCACCUACGAGGAUUUCGCUGCUGAUCCUGGUGCUGUCAUCGAUGUCUUGAACACUUAUUCGGAGAUGGUUACUCCUGAACUUCCCUACACUAAUAAGUUCGCCAACAACAGAAACGUCACAGCUAAUAGUAAUAAAUACACCACUGCAAACACCACUUCGGCCAACUUCAGAAUCAACAGUUCGACGGCCACUGAUAAUACCGCCAGACUGCAUGCCAAUCCAGGUCAAAGACUUAUCAACGAGAUCACAAAACCAUACUCUGCAUUUGCGACUUCGUCAGCUUCAUCUAAUCUUAACGAUAAGUUCCUACAACCAAGGAGACCUCCACCUGUUCCCCCCGUUGACGGUAAUUCAGACUUCUCAAAUAAUUCAAAUAGCCGAAAUGAUCUGCAUUCUGGCUCUGGGAUAACUCAAAAGCGGUAUGUACCCACUAGACAGGCGCCUACUGUGCCAAGACCAACUGCAGCAACAGCAGCUACCAACGGUGAUAUUGGCGUAUACACACCUACUCAACAGGUAUCAACAACCUCUUCCACAAAUAAUACUCGCAAACCAAGUGCUCAUCUUCCACCAAUCCCUGCUGUCUUUCAUGAAACGUCUCCUCUUCAUGUGAACAGAAAUGUACAGCUUAACACAACCGUCACCACCAAUUCAUCAUCAAAGUCGGGGUCUUCUUCUGGCUCAUCUGUAACUGGCACUGGAAAGCAAGAUAUUUACCAUGAGCCUGGUGUCGUUGACUUCAACUCGGGCUAUUCGAAACUGGCUACGCCCUCGAAACCUGAAUUCGUUACCAGACAUUUGUUGAAAACUGCUAAUACUUCUCCAACCAAGAACGUUUCUCAGGCACUUAAACCAAGUAAAAUGGCGAUGGCAGCAGCCAAUGUUGCAGCAGGUGCUCCGAAAGCUCCAAAUCCAUAUGGAGUACCUCUGAGCGGGGCCGGCGCCAAGAAACCUCAACAUAGACGUCGCGACAAACGUGCUUCUGGUCUGACCGAUGCGCAAAUUAUGGCCAAAUUACGGAGUGUGGUGAUCAACAUCAACCCUGCGCCUAACUUUGAUGUUAUUGAAAAGGCAGGUCAGGGUGCCAGUGGCUCUGUUUACUUGGCUCGCAGCCGCAAAUUAGGAGGCCGACAAGUGGCCAUAAAACAGAUCGAUCUAAGUAAACAGAGCCGUAAAGAGCUCAUAGUCAAUGAGAUAUUGGUGAUGAAGGACUCUCAGCAUAAAAAUAUUGUGAAUUUCAUCGAGGCUUACCUGAACGGACCUUCCGAUUUGUGGGUCAUUAUGGAAUAUAUGGAAGGAGGUUCGCUAACAGAUGUAAUUGACAACAAUCCAAGUAUUCCAGAGAAACAGAUUGCCAGUAUAUGCUUUGAAACAACCAAGGGUUUACAACAUUUGCAUAAAAAGAAUUUCAUUCAUAGAGACAUCAAGUCGGAUAACGUUUUGCUCGAUGCUCACGGUAAUGUGAAGAUUACGGAUUUCGGAUUCUGUGCGAAGUUGACCAACGAAAAGUCCAAGCGGGUUACCAUGGUUGGUACACCUUACUGGAUGGCACCGGAAGUUGUUAGACAAAAAGAAUACGACGAGAAAGUGGAUAUCUGGUCGUUGGGUAUCAUGGCUAUAGAGAUGAUUGAGGGAGAACCUCCUUAUUUGAACGAAGAGCCCUUGAAGGCUUUAUAUCUUAUUGUAUCCAAUGGUACACCAACGUUGAAGCACCCAGAAAGAUUGAGCGACGAGCUCAUGGACUUUUUGAGUGUUUGUCUUUGCGUCGAAGUCAAGUACAGGGCAACAGCAGACGAGCUUCUACAACAUCGUUUCUUUAAAAAGGCUUGUCCAACAUCGGCACUUGCUUCACUCUUAACUUUUCGCAAGGACAAGAACUAG